UUUUCAUGACUUGGCUGCCUGGAGCAGUUCUUUAAGCCUGUUAGACUUUGAAUUGCUCAUGUGUAAAACAGGCAGUAGUUACCACAAAUGUUUCCUACAUCUUUAUUCUUCAUUACAUAUUACAAAUACAGAGAACAAUACACAGAAUAGCGCAUCUAAGUAUUUCAUAAUUGAUAUUUAACUUGUGGAUAUUUAUGGCUGUUUAAUUUAUAAACAGCCAAAAUGUGAGGGCUUUUUGCACUGCAGUUACUACUUAGAGUUGUUUGAAACUGUUUAUUUUGCAUAACUGAGGAUGAUUGUGAUCCAGAAUGUGGGGUCAAGUUCCCCAGUGACGAGCAAGGAACGGUGGAUGAAAAGGAUUCAGUGGGGUGUCCUCUUAGGGCUGAUGGUCUUAAUCUAUGGAUCUCAUGCACCUCUCAUCACUCUCACCAAGGUAGAUGGUCAAAUCCCUUUUAACUCCUCAUCAUGUGUUGUCAUGAUUGAGUUAGUCAAGCUCUUGAUAUCUCUGGCGACUCUUGUACUAACUGGGGGUACCACUGCCUUACAUGCUCCUCCAACUCUAGUCCUUGUGGCCCCCUAUGCGGUCCCUGCCAUACUCUACGCUCUCAACAACAAUCUGGUAGUUCUCAUGCAGGCCUACAUGGACCCAAGCUCAUACCAAAUCCUGUCUAACUUGAAAAUUGCAUCCACUGCUCUGCUGUACUCCCUCUGCCUGGGCAAGAAGCUCCGGUCUGCUCAGUGGUUGGCUCUCGGGAUCCUCAUGUGUGCAGGGGUGUGCCACACCUACAGCAGCUUGGAUUUGGGAGACCCUGGGACGUCUGAAGUCAAAGAGGUUCCCAGGCUUCAUAUCACAGCUUGGGGGCUGUUGCUUGUGCUGGUGUACUGCUGUGUUUCAGGCCUGGCAGCAGUUUACACAGAGAGGGUGUUGAAGAGCCAGAGGCUGCCCCUGAGCUUGCAGAAUCUCUACCUCUAUGUGUUUGGUGUGGCAAUCAAUGCAGUCUCCUCCCUCUCUGUAGGAAGUGAUAAGAGCUUUCUGGAGGGAUACUCGGGUUUGGUUUGGACUAUUAUAGCAGGGCAGGCAGCUAAUGGACUCUUGAUGUCCGUGGUGCUCAAGCAUGGCAGUGGGAUCACCCGACUGUUUGUCAUUUCCUGUUCCAUGCUGGUUAACGCUCUGUUGUCAUGGGCCACCUUAGGGCUGCAGCUCACACCUUUUUUCCUGCUUCCUGUUUCUAUGAUUGGACUGGCAGCUUACCUUUAUUACAGAUAAUAAAGUCUCUACUGGAUGAGCCAUGCAACCCAAAAGAGCUCAGUACAGUUUUACUGAAUCUCUAUGUUCUAGUUUUGAGUUUCAGAUGUGUCUUUUAUAUGUCUGCCUUCUGAAUCUGACAUCCAGAGCCCAACGCUUGUAUUUGAUUUGUAACCACUUACACCUGGUUUGACAAUUUACAUCAUUUUUACAUCAUUCAUUUCAGAGUUUAAUUAAUAAUUCUGUUACACUUCAAGUAAUGCAUGUCUGGAUAUCAUGGCUUCACUGACACAUUUCUAAAGAGUGCUGCUAUUGUCAUUUUUGUGAUUAUGUCUUGUAUUACAUUCUCUGCCAAGAACAGUGUCAAAGAUAUGUAAGUGUUGUACAGCAUGAUAUUCAAUAAAUUGUCAAAAACCUUUA